CCCAGGAUACAACGCUGAAUAGUCCCGACACUCGUGCCUUGUUACAUCCAAUGGGCUUUACCUGAUGAUUCUACUACGCGUGCUCAUGGGUGAGCCGGUACUCUAGGAUUAUACCCUAUCCAGUGCAAGCAUGUAUCCAUACCCUCUUGCCAAGAUGUCAGCAGAUCAACAACUUGGCGACGUUGGCACGACCCAGCAGUCAGGGUCAGCUACGCAGCUUAACCGGUCGUGUGAGUCCUGCAGAGCGCUCAAAGUGCGCUGCUUACCCAACCCGGAAACACCAACCCAAUGCCAGAGAUGUGCCAGAACGAAACGAGCAUGUAUCUUCGUCGCUCCUCAAAAGCGCCGCCCGCGCAAACGGACUGAUUCGAGGGUUGCACAGCUGGAGAGGGAGAUGCGCGCUAUGCGCGUCCUCCUGAAAGAUAAGCACCUGCCUGUAGAUGAGGGCGGCCAAGAUGAAUACAACGAGGGGGAGGAGAGGAAGGAGGGAACAGACGAGGUCGACUUCGGAGCUCAGGCUGGCAUGAGCGUUAGAAACAUGCAUCCUGCUCAAGGCAGUGGCAUGGUCCCUCCGAGAACGACAGACUAUUCUCCUGUGUCGACACUUCCACCUGGUAGUGCUAGUGGUGCUUCCAUCGGUGCUCUGUCAUUGCCAAAUGCGCAGAGUAGCCACUCCUCUGAUUUGACAGCAAAUGAGGAUGUGGUAGACCGCGGCAUAAUUGCGAUGGAGACAGCGAGCGAGCUUUUAUACCUAUUUAUAAAAGAUCUUGCACCCUUGUUUCCGGUUGUUGUGCUACCAACAGAUACAAACGUGUCGCAGCUGCGGCGAUCUAAACCAGUGCUCUUCUUAUCCGUGCUUGCGGCGGCGGCCAUCGCGGUGGAUGCAAAACUGGCCGAGAUUCUGAAUCGGGAAAUCGUAAGGCUAUAUGCGGAGCGAUUUUUUGUAGAGGCGGAGAAGUCCUUUGAACUGGUUCAGUCAUUGUUGAUUAUGAUUGUAUUCUCUUAUCCGCCAAACUCACCUCUGAAAAUCCAGAUCUACCAAUAUACUCAUAUUGCUGCGACGAUGGCCCUAGAGAUUGGCCUUGCCUCCAAGAAACGGGUGCCCAAGAAGCCCACAUCCGGCAGGACAGGUCGAGACCUGCAUGAUAUAUUUGAUGAGCAUAUGGCUGAACAGGCUCGCGCGAUCUUAGGAUGCUAUCAUCUCUGUUCUCAAAUUGGUAUGAGAACACGUCGGCCGAACAUGUUGCUGUAUAACGAUUGGGUGAAGGAAUGCGUAAACCAUCUAGCAGAUUCACCGCACAUCAUCGAUCGGCGCAUGGCAACGUGGUUCGAGCUGCAGAAGAUGGUUGAUGAAGCAAUGACAUCUUUCGGCCUGGAUGAUACUAGCUCCACGGCACCUCUCACUGAAUCCCGAGUUCAGGCCGUGCUAAGGUGGUUCGACAAUCGAAUGCAGGAUUGGAAGAAGACCACCCCUCCGGAUCUGCUCACUUUGCCCCUCAUGGUCGAGUAUCAUCACACGAAUCUCGCGGUAUAUGAACUUGCCAUUGGUGAAGCAUAUCGUGACCCUGACGCGAUCAAACGGCAACACUACACGCUCCCUCCUCCCGACGAAGAAGGCAGUGGCCAGCAGCAAAACGCCCCUUUAAGUGCGAUUCGCAUCGAUAUGACGAUGAAGUGGCUGAAUGCGGCGCGUUCCAUACUCGAUGUAUUUCUCGGUUGUGAUGCGGAUACCAUGCGAAAAAUGCCUAAUCUUAUGUAUACUCGGAUCGUUUUGGGCCUCAUGACCCUGAUGAAAAUCUAUUAUUCAGUGCGAUCAGGUGCACUUGGUGAAGUAAUUGAGCCUUCAAGUGUCAACCUGGAUGUGUACCUCGAGGAGAUGACUAGGAGGCUUACCGAAGCUAGUGGCGGACAGAAGUACAAGAUCCCGAGUCGGUGGUUGUUUGUCGUUGGAGUCAAGGCGCGGGAUUGGUACGACCGGUUCCAGCACCGUCAGUCUCAAAAAGAAGCCGGAUUGCAAAUCCAGCAGAAGGUUUCUGUGCAGCAGAGCAUUCCAACGAACCAGUAUUCAAUGCCCAUGCAGAGCAAUUCUCAAUUCGACCCGACGGUCACGCAGCAGACAGCGGCUUUCAAUGUCCAGCCUAUGAUGCAGCCCCUUCUCCCAGAGAACACAAGAUCCUUCAAUGCUCAUAUCCCGACGACGAUUCCAUGGCCGUUACCAGAUGAUAGCUAUGUUACUCUCAGUCACCCCCCUGCAUACCUACCCGGAGUAAUGGCACCGCCAAUGACUUUCGCGUCUUCGAAUCCGCUGCCCACUUUCAGCCAGAAUCAACCCUUCUUCUCUGCUGGAUCAGGUAUGGAGAUCGAUGGAUGGAUCCCAGAUGGUGGCAUAUUCGGCGGUCCCAGCUUGCCAGGGUUUUAGUAUGCGAAGCAGCAGCAAUAGCGCGUGGUCAGUUCGCUCUGUAUGCCUUAACGAUGUCUGAUGAAACUGUCGAUGUUCGACAGUCCACAUACCCCGACGAUAUAAUAUUUGCAGUUCUAAUGAAUCCGGUGCUCUUUUUGGUCGUAUAUA